ACCAGACACCGAGCCGGAAUAUACAAGUCAACUCCCCUCUACACUACCAUCUUCCUUCCCUUCAAGCCUACCUUCAGGGCUCCCGUCUUCAAGUUAUGCCCCGCCUAUCGGACUAGGAAUCGAGUUGGACCCAUCUCAGACCCCGCGCGGCCGCUCUUCGCCUGUACCCGACCCACUGUCGGUUCGCAAGGUCCCGUCGCUGCAGUACAUCCACACUGGUCCUCGCGAGGCUCGGGAGCGUGCCGAAAAGCGUGGAACGCGUUGGCUUGUAGUGGUGGUUCCCCCACCGUCAUUCGCUCAAGAACAUGGGCACCUCGGCCAUACGCUUACUGUGGGAUCUCCGGACAGGUUGUCCCAGGGUAUCCUCAUGCCUCUGUACUCAACGAUGAGUACACAACUUGUAGCGAUUGCCCGCGAGUUUGCCUUCCCUAGUACAAGAGGCCUUUGCCUGUACCUCAACACGACGUUCGAUGGGACUUCCGUGACGCCACGUAUCUCGGACGAGUCAUGGCAGCUCCUGUGGGGGCAUCUAUUCGAUCCAAGGAGUCCCGUUCUGCAGCAUUCACAACUGCCCAUUGGUGGGAAGAUUGAAUUCGACAUCGACCUGAGCAAAGCGCGGUGGUAUGAAGCCUGGAUCGGCAUGGGACGGAGGGACAACGUUGAUGUACCGGUUUCUGUGACGCCGUCAAGGGCAGAGUCUUUCGCACACUCACACUGGCGUGCGGACAGCAAGACGUCAUUCCUGGACGACCAGACGGAGACACCAGACGAGUCCCUCGACCUCCUUAAUCUCGGGAGACAUUCGCGCGGCCCCAGUCUGAGGCAGACACCGAAGAAGCUCUCCCUCUUGGACCGAUUCGAGAACGCAUCCACUCGUUCUGGCUCGAAACUCGUUCCGCGGAAUGGCUCUCCUCCGAGUCCUCAACCCGAGACACAGUUCCGGCAUGUUUUGUCGCCAAUUGCUCAAGGCGGUUCAGAACCAUCGAGUGCGAAGAAGGACAUUGACAAGUUAGUCAACACAUGGCGUGCAAGCGCGACGCUAUCUGCGAUCCCUAUGCGCGCGACAGGACAGACGAGUCUCGACCCGGUCAACAUGCCCAAUGACAUACCCAUUGACAGCCCAUCGACCCCCGGUGAGCACGUGGCGUCCGAGUUGGACCUCGAGGACUUCCAGUGGUCCGUGACCUCGCUCGGCCCGCCGGACUACGACGACGAAGACCUUGACUCGCUAGAAUCGUGGCGGCUCCCGUCGGUGCACCUCGAUCGUCGUCUCGAGGGCUCAGUCUGCCUCACACCGACGACGUGCACGUCUUUCGGCCCUCCUGAUUGGGACGACGACUAUCAGUCGUACGUCUCCGUGAUCUCACGCCUGCCCUCGCCCGACCUCGCGACACGCGUGAUCGAGGACUGCCCGCCCACGCCGUCGACCGCGACCUCGUGGGGUGCACCUCUCUCCUACCCACGCUCACCUUCCGAGCUCUCCUUCGCUCCAUCCGUCGAUAUCGGCCAGCGCUGUGUGUCCGCCGUCCCAAUGACACCCUCAACCGCAACGUCCUGGGGCCCGCCGCUGUCGUGGCCUCCGUCACCCACGACGCCUUAUCACGUGCACACGCCCGACGUCGGCCAGCGCACGUUCGACGACGUCGUGCCGCCCCGGCGGUACCAGCGCGCUCCUCCGGAAGAAGGCGAGGAACAGCCUUGGAGGAGUGUCUGGCCGUACAACAGCGUCGCCACUGAGGAUGCGGAAGGCGAGGGUGCUGCGGCGAGCCCGUACAGCUUCACUUUCCCUCGGCGGCCGUCGCCGCCCCCAAGAGAGGCCGAUGAGGUCGUUGCACGGGAUGUUGAUGAAGAGGCCUCUGGUUCAGCGCGUCCGUUCCCGCUGGUCUGGCCGUACUACAACACUGCGAGGGAGGAGACCGAGCCUGCACCCACCGCGCAACAUGCGGGUCAGACUGCGCAAUCUUUCCCUCUCGUUUGGCCCUACUAUAACGCUCUCCCUGCCGAGCCUGCACCUGCACCCGAACAGGUGGCAGGAGUCUCUGAGGCUGGGCCGUCCUCGCUCGUCUGGCCGUACUACGUCGCGCAUACGGAAGCUGAUGCGCCCGCGCCCGUACAGGAGACUCGUCACGUCGUUGAUGACGUCCCGCCCGCACCACCUGUCCGGGCGCCCAAACAGAGUCCGUUCAAGUUCGUGUUCGCAGCGGAGGAACCGGUCGCAUCGACGUCUUCCCUGGAGAGCGAAAUGCCCGAAGAGGUGACGCCCGCCGAAGAAGAGUUCGCCGCGGUCUCGACGUCACGGAGGCAGCUGUCUGCACAGGAAAUCAUGGACGGUGAGGAGCUUUCUGAGCCGGAGAGCGAAUACUCGGACGAGGACGAGGAAGAGCCCAUCAUUCGGCCAGCGCCUGCGGUCACCCAGUCUUGGUCGCUCUUCGGCAUGAGCAUGGAUGUCAGCGUGUCGGUCGAUGUGGUGGUGGAGGACGAUGUCCAUCGGGAAGAGGAGCGUGUCUACGUUGACAACAACUACGCAUGGGACGAGGAGGAUCACCGGGUUCAUGUAGACAAUGCGCAUGUGCGGGAUUACGAGGAGAAGCAGCCCGGGCUGGACAUCGAGGCUAGUGUGCGCUAUCCUUACUUCGACAUUUACCCGGCUGUGUAUCCGCACUUGGAGCUGUACCCCGAGAUGCCUGGUGCUCUCGAGGCUAAAGCUUUCGCAUUCUUUUCACCCAUUCCCAGCUUGCCCUAUCCUGCUAUGUCCAUUUACUCGCCAGUAUAUCCGAGCAAUGUUCAGCAGAUCUACCCUUCUAUCCGCCUCGGAGAAACUGUCGAGGCGCAGCACGAGCCGAGGAUCAUUCCCAAGGAGCCAUUGAAAGAAAUCUCGGUGCGCCUUGCUGCAGAGUACCCGCACUUAAGCUUGUAUUCUCCCAUCUACCCCUACAGAUUGAAUUUCAUCUAUCCUGCGGACGUGGAUGGGGUGGAAUCUAUCACUGUUCGUCUGCCUGCGAAGUACCCUGCUCUCGAUCUCUACCCGCCUGUUUACCCGUACAACGUCGAGCAGAUCUAUCCGCCCGCAGCGGCUACGAGUGCGGCAAACAAUUGUGAUGUCGAUCUUACGGCAUACCCCUGGAGUAUGUACAACAUCUAUACCGGGUUGUUCAACGUACAAAAAGCUAGCGUGAAUCUGGAGCUUCAAAUAGGCUACCCAUACUUCCAGCUCUACAAACCCGUCUACCCGCACAACGUGCAAGAUCUCUACCCGGCGCCCGCUGCCAUCCUCUUGACUGUACAACACAGUCGACGGCCGUCUGCCUUGCGCAUGAAGACACUGUCCUCUCGAAGCUCCAUGAAAACUCUCCAGCAUGAGCAUGGUCAUGUGAAGCGGGGAUCAGCGUCUGCGCGACAAGCCUCGCCACCGCCUGUCCCGCCACUUCCGCAGAACGUCGCAUCACUGGCACCUAUAAACCCGACGUCACACCUGCCGCUUACUGGUAGGAUGUCCCUCAGCUUACCUGUGAGGCUGUCGACAGCCUACCCUAGGAUCUGUCCUUAUCCAUCGGCAUACCCAUACUUCGAUCUCUACCCCGAAGUUGUGAACGCUGUGCGCUCGGAGGAGCCGUUUGUUGUUAGAGCUGAGUCUAGGUACCCUAUGCUUGACAUCUACCCUCCAGUGUAUCCUCACUUCGAAAUUUACCCUCAGCCAAGCGCAUCACAAAUGGGAGACGUAUGUGGUCCUGCUCGCUCACCUGCUGUGAAGCCAGCUAUCCGCGAGAUGAGGCAUAGACCUACACACAGCCACGCAGAAUUGCAUGAGAGUGUCUUUGGAACAACAUUUGCUCCUCGCCGCAAGCCGCGGUACACUCACGCUGACCUUCACCAAAUGGCCAUAGACUCCGUCCCUCUUCAUGCGGAAGAGUCAGUUCCUGUACGGAAGAGCAACGUGCCAUCGAUACUCGAGGAGGAUGAACCUAUCGAUAUUGCUCCAGCGACGCAAGAAGAAUUUAUUUCUGUCAAGCCGUUUAGCACACCGACAAUCUUGGAGGAGGACGAGGAAGAGGAAGAAGAGGAGGACUCACAGGCCACGAGGACCCGGGCACCUUCAGUUUCCGGAGAAGUAGAAAUCCCUGCCUCGAUCAGUACACUAAGUCCGUCUGCGUCGCUCCGUAGGCUCCCCACUCCCCCGAUACAAUCGCAGGUCGGUGCACCCACACCUUCUCCCCCACCGUCUAUUCGCAGUCGUGGCAGGUCCGGCACAGUCAGCACAAGACCACCACUCCCUACCCCUCCUUCCUUCCUGCCACCCACACCUUUAACUUCACCGUUAUCGUCCAGCAGUGACUCACCAUCCCGUGCUAUCAGAAAGCUUCCGGCCAUUCCUGGCGAGGCUCCUAAUAAAGAGCUUCCCCCGCCACCGGCACGGCCUGUGUCCAUGCGUCCGACGGCCAUAGGCCUUCCCUCUGAUCCCGCUGCAGGCCGUAGGGCGUCUGCUCUGGGAUUCAACCGGCCGCCACCUUUUGCCCCUCUACCUCCAGUACCUGAACCAAGUGCUGUCGACGCACCCGCUUUCAGAGCACCGCCACCAAGGCUCACGCCUCUGUCGAGCGUUCCCGAAAUCGUGCUGUCUGGCUCUCAGUCCGCGACAUUACCCCGCACGCAACCACUAGACGGUGUUCCUGAGCUGUCUCGCAGCCACAGCGUGCCGUCCAGGCCACUGCCCCGCGUCAGAAGGGGGAGCGUCGUUGGCUCCCCGGGCACAGUCGCCGGCCUCGCCAAGAACUGGAAUACAGGUACCCCCGUCGACCCCGCACUCUCGCAAUUCCCAUCGCCACCACGUGCACCACUCCCUCCUGCACCAAACAGCCGGCCUGUUUCGAAGCUAGAUCGCUCCAGGUAUCCUUUGCUUGAUCGCUAAUCCUUCAGUCAAGCUCUCGCUUAUGUCGGAAUUAUUUAUGCUGCCAGUGUUAGUCCGUCGCCUCUACCCGUAUGCCCUCUUUUUUUGCGGAGAAGUGUUACUUUACCAUUCGAACGUUCGGCCUUGUCUUUCGUUUUUUGCUGUACACAUACAUGCCCGGCAGCUAGACCGUUUCUCGCUGUACACAUACACCU